AUGACUGGGGCGUCAACGUCGAGUAACCAGGAGAGAGUUUUCGCGUCCACACCCCCCAAACUUUAUCCGGACCAAGGUUCAGUUCUCGGAGCAGCAGCUUGUCGUUCUAACGAAAACCUUUGCAUUGAUGACUACUUGAUUUACCUUCAGAAAAUUGGUUUCGAUGAUCCUGAGGAGGGUCAAAUCGAUGAACUGAACUUCCUCUUUCAGGCGAAUCAUUUGCCAAUUUCGGUUUUCCAACCCAACGCUCAAAACCGUGAUCGGGAGUCGGGUGCUUGUCAAACCUUUCUUACUCCAACUACUUCCACCAGUGGUGCAGGCGUGAAGCCUGGGCCAGUUGAAGUCGAUUUAACGCCUCAUCUGGUUGUGUCAGUCAAACCAGAACGGGAUGACUUGCUGCUUACUCCUCAACAAACCAGCUCUGUUGAGGAAGUCACUUUCGAUACAGAGUCCUCAGAAAAUAUGACUGAUUUCACGCCUCGAAAACUUCCGGUGUCAAAAAAGGUUCUGGGACCUUUCGAAAGUACCUGUUCAAUCACUAGUCGUACUAGCGCACCCUCAGAAUACUUCGCCUUAAGUCCUCCUCCUUCCAAUUCUGUGGUCAGAUCGCUCCAGCGCAACACAGAAUUGGGGAGUCCUCCAUCGACGCUGUUCGUCACACAAGCUUCCCCCUCAAGUUCUCGUGUCCCUAUUUUCGUGGGUCCCCUCACGGAUGCUGCUACACUGACAAGGUCCGCUUUAUCACCCUUGCCUUCCUCUCUGUCGCAUAAUGGGGUUCUUAAAUCUCUCUCCAACGUUCGUCAAACUCCUCAGCCCCGACAUCACCUUCACUUUAGCCAAGACCGCUUUCAUCAGCUUCAAAAUCAGGCACGACGUAAUAUGACAGAGAAUGAGACAUUCGUUUGGCCUCGAUUCGACACUCCGCGUCACCUUUGCAUCCCUGGCCCCCGUGGUUCUAAUUCCUCAGAGGAUCUGGGUCACAUCUCAGACACGGAGUUCUGCCCUCGGGUGUCGCAGACAUCUAGCUGGCGGAAGAAGGAAGAGGAGGGGUGGGACGAAGAAGUGGAUCAGAGUGAAGGGGAUGAAGGAGAACAGGACGGGUACGAGCGGUGGGAGGAGGAAGGUGAAAUUAAGUUCUCCAGGAUCGUAACCUCUCCCUCCGUCCCUGGCAGUACUCCACGAUCUUCCUUUUGCGAUCGCAAUAUUCGUGACAUUAACAUUCUCAAACGUCUUGCUGUGCCCUUCUCUUAUGAGGAGGUGGCCUACAGCUCUAAUGAGCGCUUUCGAGAGAUUAAAUCAAAACCCGGACUCACUUUUGAUCAGAUAACCGCAAUGCUGGAUGCGCGUCGCCGAGCGACGAAUCGGCAGGCGGCAGAGCGUUGUCGCCGUGUCAAAUCGGCAGCUCGUGACAGUCUGGCGAACCAGCUUGACCGCCUUCGUCUGGAGCAUGCUGAUCUCACCAGGCGUAUUAUCUGCACUCGAAGACGACGUCAACAAAAGUGGGAUGAAUUGACGUCAGCGCAAAACCAUUUGCUUCAGAACCUUGUUGACAGCACUGGAACGCCACUAGAUCCUUCGCAAUGGCGCAUACAGACGACUAGUGAAGGCGAGUUGAUACUUGUGCGCAUCAACGUCAGUGGGGACAUUAAUAACCGCAAUAACGAAGAUGGUAGAAACGAUGACCACGAAGAAACAGGAAAUUCAGCAAAGUUGUCAUAG